AUGGCGGCGCCCAUGAGUGCCGAGGGCUGGAGCGAGGAGGGAGCGGCGGGGCUGCAGCGGGCGGUGGACGGGCUGCGGCUGUUGCUGGGCCGCGGCGCAGGCACCGGCCCGCUGCCGGCCACGAGAUCCGCCGCCCCGUCGCCGGAGUCGCUGCGCCUCGGGCUGACCGCGCUGGAGGAGAGGCUGGCCCGGGACCCCGCGUGGGCCUCCCUGCGCAGGGCGAGGGCCGAGGUGGCCCGGCGGGCCCCGGGGCUGAGUCCCGGCGCCGACCCCGACCCUCCCUGGGCCGCCGCCUGCCAGGCGCUGCUGCUGCUGCUCUGCCUCAAGCGCUGCCUGGUCCGCCUGGCCGCCGCUGCCACCCCCGCCGCCGGCCCGAGCGAGGCCGGGGCUCCCCCUCCGCUGCGCCCUGACGCCCUGAGCAUCGGCCAAGAGGGCACCGUGCAGGCGGCGGCGCAGCUGGCGGUGGCGUUGGGCCUCCGGCCGUACCUGUUGCCCGGCGUGGCGCCCCUGCCGCGGGACAAGGCCGGCUUGCUCGCCGCCCAGCCCCAAGCCCCGCGGAGGCUCCUGGCCGCCUGCAGCGCCCUGGUGGAAGUGGCCGAGCACCCCGAGCUGGCCAGGCUGAUCCUGGCGCGCCACCUGGGCGACCUGCUGGCUGGGCUGUGCCAGCUGGGCUUCUGCCCCGCGAGGAAGGCCCGGGAGGGUGCACCACGCGAGAGGCAGGGGCUGACGGAAGAGGAACAGAGCAGCUGCAAAGAAGCCUUGCAAGGCCUUUUGGACAAAGCAUACCAGCCCCUGGUGAUCCGGGAACUGCUGCUCCUUCAGGGGGGGGCUAAGCAGGCCUGCCGUCGCAGCCAGCAGAACAACGAGCCUCGUACAGCACUAGCACCGGCCUGGCUUCAGCGCCUUUGUGGGCACCUGCUGUCUGGGAGGCUGUUAAGACCUGGUGGAGUUCAGGCCGUGCUCCGUGGCAUCCUGGAGGAAGCCGGAGCUGGGGCCGUGCGGGGCAGCAGUGCAGAAGCGGCAGCAGCUGACUGGCAGAAGUGCGAGGCCAUCGCCAAGAUCCUGUCCUCGUGCCCUCAGCAAUCUCUGUCCCUGGAGAAUUAUUGUCAAGGGAUUUGCCCUCAGAUUCUGCAGCUCUUCCUCAUCCAGGAUAAGCUGAUGGUGCGCCAGUUCCAACGAGUGGCGACCGCAACGGUCCUCGCCAUGGUGAGGCAACAUCCUCAGCAGGCCAAGGAGCACCUGUUGCGCCCCCUGCUGGAGCCCCUCUUGCGCUGCCUGGGAGAGCCAGAAGGCUCCCUGGAAGACCUGCCAGCUGGGUCGGUGCUGGUGGAAGAGGAGUUGCUCUCGGGGUGCGUGGAAACUGUGUACAAGGUCUGCGUGGUGGGCAAUGAGCCCUUGCCUUGCCUCCUGGGGGCCCUGCAGCCUGCGCUGGGGGCCGUCUUCUCCCUCUGGUGCUUCACCAAGCAGAACGUGUCCUCCUUGCGCACCCCCUGCCAGGAGAUCCUGCUGUGGUUCCUGGAGAAGAGUGAGCAACAGGCCUCCCUGGAGGCCCUGGAAGGCUUGGCGGAGCUCAGAGGAAGCCCCCGCUUGCCCCACCCCCACUGCCGGUUCCAGGUGGGCAGCGAAGGGGGCGUGGUGGCCACCAUCAGGGAGGCUGAGAGUGAUGAAGACGAGGCUCUGUAUCGGAAGCUGUCGGAAGAGCAGUGGCAGCUGGAGCAGCUGGUGGACUUGCUGUCUCGCUGCCGGAGGGGCAGCCUAGCUGGAGACUUCUUCCUGGGCUGCUUGAAGGAGCUGAGCCAGGUGGCCUCCGAGAGGGACCCUGCGCCCCCUUCGCAAGGGCACCCCCUGGAUCUGGAGCAGCUCUGCCACCCAGCCCUCCCCCAGCAGACGAGGCAGCUGCAGGUGCUCCGCCUGGUGGCCAUGUUGACUGAGGGCAUUUCGGACUCUCUGCUCACAGACGUCAGGCAGGUGGCGGAGUUUGUGGCAGCCACUCUGCAGCGGGCCUGUGCCAGUCUCUCCAGGGGCUCGGUGGGCACCGUGGAAUCCCAGACGCUCAGCAUGGCCAUGGGGCUGGCGGCGGCUGUGCUGGGCGGGGCCCUGCAGCUGAAAUCCGGAGACUUUGGCAGCCUGAAGCAGCUGGUGCCCCUGCUGGGGGAACUCUCCCGCCUCCACCCGGAGCCCGUCAUCCAGGAGCUGGCGGAUGACCUGAGCAUCGCCAUUUGCACCCACCGCGCCUUUUCCACAGAGGCCGUCCGCACUGCUGCCUGCCAGGCCCUGGGCGGGCGUGCGGGCGGGGCGGCAGCCCAGAAGCCCCCCGGGAGCUGCCCGGGGCAGCCUCAGGGGACGGACUCGGUUGCCCAGGGAGGCUCUGCCCCCUGCGACCCCCAGAGCCAGCUGCAGGAGCUUCUCUCGGAGGCUUACAGCCCUGACAUCCCCACGCGAGCGGCUGCCUUGCGCCUCCUCUCCCAGAGGGUCGAGCGGAGGGACCCCGGAGCCCUGGAGACUCGGGAGAAGGUGCUGGAGGUUUUUGUAGAAAACCUGGAGCACAAAGACUCCUUUGUUUACCUUUCUGCUAUCCAAGGCCUGGCCCUGCUGUCUGAUGCCUCCCCACAAGACGUCCUUCCCCUCCUGCUCAGCCAGUACGCAGGCGCCCCCCUGGCGGAGACCAGGAUGAAGGUGGGGGAGGCGCUGCUGCGCACCACGCGAGCCCUGGGAGACCUGGCCUUCCAGCACAGAGAGAAGCUGAUCCAUGCUUUCCUGCGAGGAGUCCGAGAUCCUGACCCCUCCCUCAGAGCCAGCAGCCUGUCCAACCUGGGGGAGUUGUGCCAGAUCCUUGGUUUUCAGCUGGGGUCGGUGGUCCAUGAGCUGGCCUCCUGCUUAGCAGCUGUGGUCAAAACCGACCAUGAAGCCGAGGUGCGUAGAGCCGGAGUCCACGUGGUGGUGCUUCUCCUGCGGGGGCUCAGCACGAAAGCGGUGGAGGUUCUCCGCGAUGUCCUGCUGGACCUUUACCGCCUGCUGAAGUGGGUGGUGCGCUGUGAGCGAGACGAGGUGACGGUGCUGCAUGCUCAGCUGGCCUUGGAGGAGCUGGACGGCCUCCUCCGGCAGCUGCUCUUCCCCCCCCAGGCGCUGCGGAAGAAGAUUGAGAUCCUGCCUUAGGGCUGCUGCUCCGGGUGGGACUCUGCCACUCAGAGGCCCCCCUCCUCCGUGGCCUCCGCGGGAACUUUGCCCCUGUGGGGCAGCCCCUGCACAGACUCGGCUGUCCUGAGAGAAGCAUUGGAGGGGACGGGAGCACAUCAGCCAAGGCAAUAAAUGAAGCCCAGGAGUGGCACAUUUGGAAA